AGCGACUGCGUAGCGUAGUGUAGCGUUGUUUUGUGCUCAUGCGGUGUAUUUUAUGUGAACAAGGGCUUUAUUUGGGCAAUAAAAUUCACGUAAAGUAAAAUAAUUGUAUACAAAUCAAAAUGAUCAUCCCAGUCCGUUGUUUCACUUGUGGAAAGGUCAUUGGCAACAAAUGGGAGGCCUACCUCGGGCUUCUACAAGCUGAGUACACUGAGGGUGAUGCCCUGGAUGCCCUCGGCCUGAAGCGGUACUGCUGCCGCCGCAUGCUGCUCGGACACGUGGAUCUGAUUGAGAAACUUCUCAACUAUGCACCAUUAGAAAAAUAAGUAAAAUAUAAAAUAGGUUAUAAAA